GAGGAGGAGGAGGAGCUGGAGGAGCUGAGAGCUCAGAUGUUACAGCUGCUGCUGGAGCUGGAGGAGACCAGGGAGGUUUCCCAAAAACACGAGGAGAGCUUCCUGGAGCUGCAGGGUCUGUUGGAGGACGAGCGUUUGGCGAGCGCUCAUCAGGCCGAGAGUUUCACCAGACAGAUCCAGAGACUGCAGGCCCAGCAGAGGGCGCUGCAGGAGGAGAUGGACAGCCUGGAGGAGGAGAAGGAGAGCGAGCUGGAGGAGGCUCUGGAGGAGCUGCGUGCGGCCCAGGAGGAGGUGGUGCUGCUGCAGCAGGCGGCGGAGGAGGCGGCGGCGGAGCGCGAGAACGACAUUGCCUCCAUGCAGGAGGAGCUGUGCAAGCUGAGGGCGGAGCUUCAGCGUCUCCACGGCAGCACGCAGGAGUACGAGCUGGAGAUCGCCUCGCUGAGGGCCGAGAUCAACAUGAAGAGCCAGGACGCACAGACGCAGGGUGAUGUGAGUCAGGUGAAGGAGGAGUUUCUCUCUCUGAAAGGUGAACAACAGUCUCUGAGCAACAAAAACAAAGAGCUGAGCAGCAAAGUGGAGCAACUGAAGCAGCGAGACAUAUGUGAUGACGUGUACCUGGCAGUCAGGGGCGAGGGCGACAGUAAGCCUGAGCAGGAGGACCAGGUGAAGGCGGACUCUUAUAUCAGCUUGUCCCAAUCCGGUCCAGAGGAUCAGGAGGAGGUCCAGGAGGAGGUCUGCGGCUCGGAGCUGAACGUCCUGAAAGAGCAGCUGAGGGAGGCUGAGGAGACGGCUCAGAAAGUUCAGAGAGAG